GAGGUUAUAAACGCUAGCUCGGGCUCCAGCUCCAACUCUAGCUCGAAAUCAAAAUCGUACUCCUAGGAGUACGCGAUCAAAUUUUGAGGUUAUAAAAGAUUUCGAGUACGUACUCCCGGGAGUUUGUACUCCAAUUUUCGAGCUCGUACUCUAACUUUUUUUUAUGUGCACAAGCGGCUUUUUUGGAACUCUUCUGUAAUGGCGGCGCCCUGCUGUUUAUAUUGACGACAUGUCUUGAAUCAAUAUAACGGUGAGUUAUUACAAUACUUUUGAUAAAACUUUUUAUAAUAUCCUUUUCCACGAAAUAUUUAUUCAUUAAGAGGUACUUUUUGACAACAAAACGCACCGGGAAAUUGUGCCAUCGGCUGCUCAGUGUCCUGCAGACGAUAGGAUUAGUUGUACUCAUCGCAAUAUGGCAGAAAAAGACAUCGAGAAACUUUGCUUAAAGGAAAGGGUAGACCUUAGCGAUAAAAAAACAAGAACAAAGUGGUCUGCAGAUGAGGAAACGUGUCUUAUAUCUGCCGUGUUGGACAGGGAGGAUGUGCUAUUUGGGGAGUUCAAGGGUCCUGGGGGGAAGUCUGGCGUGGCUAAGAGGAGGCAGGGUUGGGAGGAGGUCGCAGAUGCUAUAAAUGCACAAUUUACCAGCAGCAAGAGGUCCCCAGAAGAGUGCAGAAAAAAGUACAACAAUGCUAAACAAAGGACCAAAGAGAAAAUCGAUUACCUGAAGAGAGAAGUCAGGAAGACAGGUGGGGGACAAGUGGAAUUUGAAUUAACAGAAGCAGAAGAAGUGCUUCUUGAGCGACAAGAAGGAAGGCCAAGUCUUUUUGGUCUAGAAGAAGGGUUUGACAGUGAUGAUGUAAGAUUCACUUGUACUAACAGAGAGACAGAGACAAAUAGAAGUCAAGUUGAUACAGUUGCACCAGCUCCAUCAUCUGUGUCACAGAGGACAGUCAAUUCAAAAGAAAAGGAAAGCAGAGGUAAAGUAAGUGAGAAGAGGAAGAUAGAUGAAAGGAAAGAGAACAUCACAGAGGACACAAAGAGAAUAAGGCUAGAGCAGAGGAAGCUAGAAUUAGAAAUAACAAAGCUUGAGAAGGAAAUUAAACUGAUUGAUACAAAACAGAAGUUCUAUGAGAUGAAAAUGAGUCAGUCAGAAUCUUGAUUGAAACAAAAGUUAUUUGUUUGCCAUAUGUUAUACAUGUUUGGUCCCCUGUUUUGAGAGAGAGAGAGAGAGAGAGAGAGAGAGAGAGAGAGAGAGAGAGAGAGAGAGAGAGAGAGAGAGAGAUUUUAAGAAGGUAUGUGUGGGACAAUAUUAAUUGUUUUAUUUACAUAUGGACUGUUAAAGUUUAAGAAUGUUUAUUCAUGUAUAUAAACUAAUGUACACUGUUA